AUGGGAGUAUUGGAGAAAAUUAAAGAAAUCGAGGCCGAAAUGGCCAGGACACAAAAAAACAAAGCAACAGAGUAUCAUUUAGGGCAAUUAAAAGCGAAAUUGGCAAAAUACAGGUCCCAAUUACUUGAAGGCCCUAAAGGAGGCAAAAAAGGAGAAGGAUUUGAUGUACAAAGACAAGGCGAUGCAAGGGUAUGUUUAAUAGGAUUUCCGUCUGUUGGAAAAUCAACUCUAUUGUCAAAAAUUACAAAUACAACAUCAGAAGUAGCAGAUUAUGAAUUUACAACUUUAACAUGCAAACCUGGAAUAAUAUAUCACAAGGAUUCAAAAAUCCAGUUGCUUGACUUGCCUGGAAUUAUUCAAGGAGCCUCAGAGGGCCGUGGAAGAGGCCGACAAGUAAUUGCUGUAGCAAAAUCAUGUGACAUGAUUUUGAUGGUACUUGACACAACUCGAGACAAUAGCCAAAGAUUAAAAUUAGAAAAUGAGUUAAGAUUAGUUGGGAUUAGGAUAAAUCAAGAGCCUCAAAGAAUAACAUUAACACGAAAGAAAGCAGGUGGUGUUGUAAUAAAUAGUACUGUUCCCUUAACAAAGAUGGAUAAUAAACUUAUAAUGAGCAUACUGCAUCAGUACAAAAUACACAAUUGUAAUUUGCUAUUCAAUGAAGAUGCUAGUGUUGAUGAUCUCAUUGAUGUUAUAGAGGGAAAUCGAAAAUAUAUUAAGUGCAUUUAUGUAUACAACAAAAUUGAUAUGCUACCUUUAAGUGAAAUUAAUGCUAUUGCAUCAGAAGAAAACACUAUUGUUAUAAGCAGUAGUAAGCAAUGGAACUUAGAUGUACUAAAAGAAUACAUACUUCAAAAAUUAGAUAUAAUUCGAGUCUAUACAAAAGUGCGAAAAGAAAAACCCGAUUUUACUAAUCCAAUUACAUUGACGCAAAGAAGAAGCCAAACUGUUGAGGCUGUGCUUCAACAAAUCCAUAAAGACAUGAUUAAAGAUUUUAAAUAUGCAUUAGUUUGGGGAAGAAGCGUAAAACAAAAUCCGCAAAGAGUGGACUUACAUCACAAAUUAGAGGAUGAGGACGUUAUACAAGUUGUUAAGAAUAAUUAA